AUGGCAGAGGAGGAAGGACCAGAGGCAGUGCAGGCUCCGUCUGUGGGUCCGCCAACCGGAACGCAGCCAAGUCGGCCACAGCCGUCCACAAUCCAAAUAUACGCUCGGGUCCGUCCAGCAAGGCCAAAUAGCAAGCUUCGAAUUGAUCCAAACCGAUAUGUCUGCAAUUCGUCAGAAACGGAAAAGCCGCGCAUCGGGUUCCUCAUACCUAAAGAUGAGGCCGCUGGGAUGGUCAACAACCAGAGAGAAGCUUAUGACUUCCAGUUUGACCGAGUGUUUGAUAUGGGCGCGACCCAGGAGGAGGUGUUCGAUGUGGUCGCCAAGCCUGUAGCGUUGAGCGCUAUGGAUGGCUAUAAUGGCACCAUCUUCGCGUACGGGCAGACGGGAUCCGGUAAAACAUUCACCAUCACGGGAGGCGCGGAACGAUACUCCGAUCGUGGUAUCAUACCGAGGACCCUACAAUUCAUAUUCAAGGAGAUGUCGAAAAGACAUGAUAUCCAAUACGAGGUUAGCAUUUCAUAUCUGGAGAUAUACAAUGAGCUGGCCUACGACCUUCUGGAUAGCACCCGUGAGGCGAAGAAGCUCGAGGAUCUACCGAAGGUUUCGCUACAAGAGGACGAACAGGGCAACGUGCACUUGGGAAAUCUGUCAUGCGUACCAGCCAAGAACGAAGAAGAGGCGCUGAACCUGCUCUUUAUCGGAGAUACGACGAGGAUGAUUGCCGAGACGCCGUCCAAUCCUUCAUCGUCACGUAGUCAUUGUCUCUUUAUCAUAUCGUUGUUGGCAAAACGAGAGGGGGAUGCUACCAUUCGCAGGAGUAAGCUCCACCUUGUAGAUCUCGCAGGAUCUGAGAGAGUUGCCCGCACAGGGAUAAACGGCACCCUGCUGAAAGAGGCAAAGUACAUCAAUCUAUCCCUGCAUUACCUCGAGCAAGUCAUUAUCGCGCUUCACGAGAAAGCACUCGGCAAACGAACCCACAUACCCUAUCGCAACUCAGUGAUGACGACUGUGCUCCGGGAUUCGCUCGGUGGAAACUGUAGGACAACGAUGGUUGCGACUGUUGCGGUGGAGGAUGUGCUCAUAGAUGAAUCCAUCUCGACAUGUCGAUUCGCUCAACGCGUGGCAUUGAUUUCCAACAAUGCAACCCUCAAUGAGGAAUUGGAUCCCCAUCUACUCAUUGCUAGGUUGAAGCGUGAGGUUGCUCGUUUGAAAGUCGAGCUUGCGAUCGCAAGAGGCGAGACUGGGGACCAAAGUGACGAACUCCCAGCCUAUGAAAUCGAACGAUUGCGAGUGGCUGUGAAUGACUAUUUGCGUGACAACUCGAAAGACGCUUCGCUACUCUUUGCAGACUCGCGGAAGACACAGGAAGCUUUCCGAAUCAUGAAGGAAAUGGUCAGGUCCGGAGGCUCAGCGUCGCCUGAUACCGACCAGUCUCGGAAACCGGCAUUGAACGCUUUGUCGCCGACCAAUGACUCUACUGUGGAUACAAACGAGGUUCAGCGUCUCGCGAGGUUACUAGCGCAUCGGGAUAAUGAGAUAAAUGUGCUCGUCGGAAUGGUCAACAAGCUUCGAUCUGGGCAGGACCCUCGCAGCCAACCACUCAAGACCAAAGAUCUUGUCCCAUCCCACCAAAGCUCACCGAGCCUCCUCGAAUCCGCAGCCCCAUCAAUUUCAUCCCAGCCUGCUAGUACAACGGCUUCCGUAAAUGGCCUGAACUCUCGCCUCAGAGCCAGCGUGCCUCAACUCACUUCGGAAAAGGCCAAAGCCUUCGAGAUAUUCAAACAAGGAUACCCAUCAGGUGAAUGGAUCGAGGGGCAGAAAACCUUGCUGAAGGGCAAGUACAACGAUGCCAAAGCUCUUGGGGAGAAGGCCAACCAGCUUAGGACCGAGAUCAAAACCAUGAAGUCUAAGAUUGGAGAGGAUGCCUCCGACCCGGAUGAACUUGCGGACCUGCGAAAGACUGUGGUGGAUAGGUCAGCUAGGUACAAAGAGUCGUAUCAACAGCUCAAAGAUCUGAAGCUUGAAAUCGAGCAUUUGCAACAUCUGCUCGAACAAGCACGGCAUCGACUCACUCGUGAUUUCGAGCAUUGGUACGCAAACGUGUACCUAGCAACAGCCGAAGAUAUGCCACCGGAAAGAGACAGAAUGCCGCCGGAUGAUGUUGAGCUUCGGUCUCGCUCAUCGUCCGUCUCCUCCUUUGCCGCGUCGUCGUCUAAUCUGGCAAAGGGAUCCAAAUACGGGAGUCUCACCGAAUUGUCGGAUCAGAGGCAGUAUCAGCCUUCGUCGAUGAGACAGCAGGACGUGGGAGGUGGAGGUAUGUCGGGGUCUCGAACGGCAUCGAUGGACACUGUGACGCGGGAUGACGCACAUGUGACCCCGAGAGACCCACCGGUACUUCCAAAGUAUGUUUAUCCAUCCGAUCUGCAAGCGCAACCGCCACGCGUGGCCUCCAAUACAAUCCCAUCUCGCCAACCACUUCCAGACACGGUUCCAUGGACCCGCGCUUCACCCGCCGCGGAAACGCCAUGGGCCUCACAGCCUGCAUUACACCAUCAACGUUACUCUUCCACAGACACCACCACAACCGGCAUGUCCGCCUCAACCCUGAACGACCCCAACCCACCCUAUCGCAUGCACAGAGACUUCAGCACCGGGUCCUCAUCCACACCAACCCCGUCAGCAGCGUAUGAUCCCCGCCAGCUGCCCAAACAACGCAGCCACCACGCCUCCACAUCCGCUUCCGAUAUCACCGCCGCACCAUACCCAUCCUACCGCCGCGCACCCUCGCCGAAACUGUCUGCAACCGCGUCGGCGAUUCUGCGAACUCCACCGCAAUUACUGCCUGUCGGUCACGCGGGACAUAAUCCAUUGGCAUCCCCGCCGCCAUUAUUGCCGGCGAUGCAGAAGCAUCAUGCUGCGCCGUCGACACACGUGCCGGCUGGGAAUGUGCAGGAGGAUGUGGCGGAGUUUUAUAGGAUGAGGAACAGCAUGUUGAAUCGUAUUGGCAAGGUGGAGUAA